AUGAGCAAGCUGGGCAGGGAGGGCAAGGACCCUGCUGCGAAUGGAGGGGUGGAACAGAAUGGCAGCGAGACAGCGAACCCCUUCGCCUCGGCAGACUUCCGUUUCCUCCUCCGUAAGCCCGGACCGUCCCCGGCAUCCCAACCCGAGCCAGGCUCUAUCAAGAUAACGGACGUGCGAGUCCGAGCGGGCAGCAGCCAGCGUUCAGGGGCGCCUAGCGAACGUUGGCGGCCUCGCAAUCCGAGUCUGCGCUUCCUCUUCCGGCUAGCGGGGCCCAGCCACCCGCUCUGCCCCACCGGAGCGGCCCGAGGGCGGCCGGCCGGAGCACCGCGGCCUCGCGGGCGCAGGGGAGGGAGAGCGGGCGGAUACUGCACCUUCCCCCGGGCCCGCCCGAACCGUCCCGACGCGCUAUGGAGCGGGCCUACGCCGCUUCAUGCCGCGCCGCCUCCGCUCCCGUCUGGGCCACAGCAGCUUCCUCGGCGGCGGCACCGGCGGCACCCAGGCGGCGGACGAAGGGGCUUAAAGGCGGCGGCGACCGAGACGGCGGCAGAGGCCUCGGCACUUCCGGUUCCUGGAGCCCCGCCCUCCGACGGGGGAAGGCUAGCGGCCGGACCAAGAAGGAUAACUCUCGCCACUGCGCGCGACCGGGCCCCACAGCGCCACCGAGCGGCCGGAGGAGGAGCGGCAAGUCGAUUGCCGGACCAGAGGGAAAAAACCAGAAAAGUGUGCAGGUCAAGAACCCUGAGAAGCACUGGACGUGGUGGCCCACACCUUUAGUCCCAGCACUCAGGAGGCAGAA